GUUGCGUCAACGCAAUCGCACCAAGCACGAAACAAGAUGGUGCCGUCCAAGUUCCGUUUUGACAACCAAGUCGCAAUCGUCACCGGUGCCGGCGCCGGACUAGGUCGAGCCUAUGCUGUUUUGCUUGCUGCGCAUGGAGCCAAAGUGGUGGUGAACGACGUGGGGGGUACUCAAGGGGACAAGCCGCGUCCAGCCGAUCAAGUAGUGCUCGAGAUUCGGGCUCAAGGCGGCGUCGCGGUACCAAACUACGACUCUGUCGUUGACGGUGCGCACCCACCCUAUAGUUACCGCAAUCCGACUUACUCGAAUCAUAUUCAAUUGAUGAUGCUGCCGCGUAUCUCCAGGGACCAGUGUGGUGGCGACGGCUAUCCAAGCCUUUGGUCGCGUGGACAUUGUGGUCAACAACGCUGGCAUCCUGCGGGACCGAGCCUUCCACAAGAUGUCUCGAAGCGAAUGGGACGCCGUGAAAAGCGUGCACCUCGACGGAAGUACCUACAUAUCUUCCAACAAACAUAUCGAAAAAUAAUCCUUCGUCCUGUAGGUUUUGCGGUGACGCACGCGGCAUGGCCUUACAUGCGAGGCCAGAAGUACGGUCGCAUUGUCAACAUAACGUCUGUGAAUGGCUUGUACGGACAAGCUGGGCAGGCCAAUUAUGCGGCUGCAAAGGCGGGCAUGGUGGGGUUCACCAAGGCCCUGGCCAAGGAAGGUGUGCGUUCGAACAUCAAAGUGAACGCGGUGGCGCCUGGCGCGGGCUCGAGUAUGACUGCCACGAUCCUUCCCGAAGUGGUGGUGAAGCAGUGGAAGCCAGAGUACGUAGCCCCGACCAUCGCAUUCUUGUGCCACGAGAGCGCCCCGUGCACCGGCGCCGUCUUCGAGUGCGGCGGCGGGUGGACUGCCCAAGUUCAGUUCACUCGGUCUGAGGGGUAUUUCUUCGACUUGGAGAAGCCCAUCUCGAUCGACGCGGUGGCCGACCACUGGAAGGACAUCACGGACUUUGCCAACGCGACCAACCCCGAGCUGGACGAAAUGACGCCCCAGCUCAAACAAAUCAUGUCCAAGAUCUAAAAUCGCAUGAUAUUAGUUUGCUCUCAUGUGUCGCCUCCAUCAAGGACCAAGAUGCACACUGCUGCAUUGUAAGAGCGUUGUGGAUAAUAUAUAAUUAGGCGAAUAAUAACGACAACAACGCGCGUUUGGCAUGGG